AUGAAAUUGAUUCUUAUUAUCGGUUAUAUUCUGUGCAUUUCAUGUUCCAAAACUCUUGAUUUUAAAGUGAUCCUCUCCCAAAUAGACCAACAUCACUUAGGCUAAACCUUUUUAAAUGCUCUGCAAAUAGGCCUAGCAAGUAGAUCACCACCUAUUCAUCAGAUUCAGAGCUAUCUCAAUAACUUUAGAUUCAUGCUUGAAUAAGAAUAGAAAGAGGCAGAUAAUUUUAUAUUGGAAACACAGACAAAAUGUUAGAGAUUAUUACAUGAUUUCUCAUCCAAUUAUCCAUAUCAUAAUAGUUAACUGAUAGCAAAUCAAAAGAUUGUGCAGAUAUAAAUCUAGUUUUUGAGAUAUCAAUACACACUUGGUUUCAUUUAAGGAAAACACAGAGAAUCUGCAAAGAGCAUUAAAUAAAAUAGCUGA